CUCCGCUUCGACGGGAGGUGAAAACAUUCGCUCACCUCGAUCCCCCAUCCCUUGGCUCGGUGCUUCUUGGCCUCUUGGCUCUUCCUCCAGCGACAUUCGUUCUCUUGGCCGCGGGAGGUGCAUGUCAAAGGACCUUGGAACAACAGCCAAGAUGCGAUCACACAGCAUCCUUGCAGCCAUCGCGGGCUUCGUCGCCGGGUGCCAAGCGUGCGGCAGCUGCUUUGGCCCCAUCAACAAGGUUGAGCAUGUCCGGCAUGCGAAACGCAUGCAGCCUGAUGCGCAUAAUGCGACGUACGGACCGACCCGCGGGCCACUUGAAUGGGGCCAAAUCAACUUCUUGCAUACCACGGACACCCACGGCUGGUUGGAGGGCCACCUGAGGGAAACCAACUAUGGCGCUGACUGGGGUGAUGUUGUUUCAUUCACUGCCCAUAUGAGGGCCAAGGCCAGAGAACUUGGCGUCGAUCUUCUGGUCGUGGAUACCGGCGAUCUCCACGACGGAGCCGGCCUCAGUGAUGCUACUUCUGUGGAUGGUGAACUGUCAAAUGUCGUGUUCGAGAAGCUCGACUACGACCUCUUGACCAUCGGCAACCACGAGCUGUACGUUACAGAGAUCGCAUAUCAAGACUACCAGAACUUCUCCAAGGCCUGGGGCGACAAAUACCUCACCUCCAACGUCCAAAUUCUCAACCAGACCACCAAUGAGUUCCAGUACCUUGGCAACCAGUACCGGUACUUCACCACCGAGAAUGGCCUCAGGAUCCUGGCACUCGGCAUCCUGUUUGACUUCAAGGGCAACACCAACUACACCAAGGUGAUACCCGCCUCAACCAUGGUGAAUGAGGCCUGGUUCACGGAUCUGGUCGCAACCCCCCCCGGGCCCGUCGACUUGUUCGUGCUCCUCGGCCACAACACGGUCGCCCAGAACGCCCAGAGCGGCACGGGCACAUUCGGCAUCGUCCAACAGGCCCUGCGCAAGACGUACCCUUCGACCCCCAUCCAGAUCUUCGGCGGCCACAGCCACAUCCGCGACUUCCAGGUCUACGACGACGCAACCACAGCCCUCGAGUCAGGGCGGUACUGCGAGACCCUAGGCUGGCUCUCGAUGAGCGGCUUCGGCGCCAACAACAGCGGCCUCACCGGCACGUCGGCGCCGGCGGGCGUGCCGAGCCCGAGCAAGAAGGCGACAAACACCUCCUCGGCGCCCUGGACCUACUCGCGCCGGUACCUCGACUGGAACCGCCUCACGUUCGAGUACCACGCCUCCGGGUCCCAGGUCGACUACACCGCCGACGACGCCGCCUUCGACACGCCGCUCGGCCGCAACACGACGGGCCUCAUCACGGGCCUGCGCCAGCAGCUCAACCUCAGCACGUACAUCGGCUGCGCGCCGCAGCUCUGGUGCCAGUCGUGCGCCGAGUUCAACAGCUCGGGGAGCAUCUACAACCUGCUCUCCGAGGCCAUGGGCGCCGUGGUCGUGAACCAGGACCGGGCCGACAAGGCGCGCGUGAGCAUCGUCAACACGGGCUCCGUCCGCUUCGACCUGCACAAGGGGCCCUUCCUGCAGGACGAUGCCUACAUCGUGUCCCCGUUCGAGGACAUUUUUAUUUACAUCCCCGAUGUGCCAUACUCCAUUGCCAGCGGUGCCCUGGACUACAUCAACAAUCACGGCACCGUCUGGAAGAAGCGCACGCCCACAGCCGACAUCAGCGCCCUCUCCCCCGACGACAAAUGCGUAGACCCCUUCCUCUCCCCCCUGGCCAACGUCGAGACGAGGGACUACGCACACAAGCACGCAGGCCACUCGCGGCGCCAGACCACCGCCGCCACGACGUCCCAAGGCUACACCACGGCCGACGCCUUCGGCACCGACGGCGACGACACGGCGCACUCUGCCAUCCCGCACUACCCCUACCCGCACUUCUUCCAGUCGCUCGGCGGCUUCCCCGAGGACGGGGGCGCGCCGGACGUGGUGGACCUGAUCUUUAUCGACUUCAUCCAGCCGGACCUCCUCGACUACUUCGGGAGCGUCGGCGCCCCUUACUCGGAGGCUGACAUCUCCUACUACAUCGACGAGACGUUCUCCACGCGGACCUACCUCCCGCUCUAUGUGCAGUCGUCGCCGGCCUUCCAGACCCCACAGGCUAACUGCAGCAUCUUCUAAGUGCCGGUUGUAUCUAAGAGGAUGGCCAGCUAGUUGGAACUCAUGAAGCAAAUAGCACAGGCAAUAUGGCAUCAUCUUCAAAAUUGUAUAUAUUGGGUUAAAUUCAUUGUGCACAUUGAUAUCAUGGGCAUCCCGUACUUUUACCCUCUCAUUGGUGACCACCCUGAUGUAGACGACCAACAUAUGUGGGGACUACAAUGAAGGGAAGAGCAAGAGAAGAGUAUGAAAGUUAGGAAUACAAGCAUUUUGCAUGCAACUUAAAAUAUAGAAUAAUACCUUGCUG